AUGGGGGCAGGAUUCGAAGAAGAAGAGCUGCGGGCGCCCCACGUUUCCUCCAGCCUGAUGAUAACAUCAGCGCCUGUCAGGUGGUUGGUGCGAGGGAGUGCGCGCGCGCGCGGCGGGAGCGAGCGCAGGGAGCGCGCUCGCACAAACUUUGUGCCUGCGGGUGCGCCUGGGUCGGCUCGCCGGGCUCCGAGAGUGGCCGGCGCCGGGCUGCGAGGGCCGGCGGCGGCCGAGGGAUGCGCCGCGCCCCGCCGAGCCGGUCCCGCCGCUCCAGGUGAGACGGCUCCAGGAGCGCAGCGCGCCGCGGCCAUGGGCACCCUGGGCAAGGCGAGAGAGGCUCCGCGGAAACCUCCCCAUGGCUCCAGAGCUGGCCCUAAAGCAAGACUAGAGGCCAAAUCAGUCAACGGCCCUCUCCCUGCCCAGCCUAGCUUGGCCCAGAUCACCCAAUUCCGAAUGAUGGUGUCCCUGGGACAUUUGGCCAAAGGAGCCAGCCUGGAUGAUCUGAUCGACAGCUGCAUUCAAUCUUUCGAUGCAGAUGGAAACCUGUGUCGAAGUAACCAGCUGUUACAAGUCGUGCUCACCAUGCACCGAAUCAUCAUCUCCUCGGCCGAGCUGCUGCAAAAACUCAUGAGCCUAUAUAAGGAUGCCCUGGAGAAGAAUUCUCCGGGAAUUUGCCUGAAGAUCUGCUAUUUUGUCAGGUAAUGUCUGUGUGAUUUGGAGACUAUGUGGAGUGGGGU